CCCGCACGCGCGCCACCAUUCCGGGAGGGGCGGGGCCGUUCCGGCGCGCGCGCCGCGCUCCGCCCCCACGUGGCGCGGGUGUCGCCGGGCGUCGCGGCGGGGCUGGAGCGCGGUGACUUUUGAUACAACCAGACAUUUUAGUGAAGGAGCCGUAAGAAAGAGAAGCCUGGAAAGACUAAAGCUGCAAGAACAGGAGCACAUUGCAGAAAGGGGGGAAAAAAGAGAGGGAAUUGAAAGAAAAAGACGUGGUGGUGUAACGAAGUUCAAGAGAGAAAAAAGAAAGCUAAGCUCGAGAGAAGAGAGGCAGAUAGAUGGAGAUGAGAAACAUCCCCCAAAGCAGCAGAAGGUACCAGCUGAAGAACAGCAGUGGCCAGAGAAUAUGCCUGAAUGGGAAGAAAGGAAAUCCCUGCUAGCUCAGAGAAGAGUGGAGUCUAUCAGACUGCUUACAGUGCUGUUAAACCGUGUGAAAGGUUUUGUGCAGUUGGCAAGUCAAAAAGUGGAUCCUUCAUUGGGCGUAAGGAAGGAUGAUGCCUUUUCUGAAACAGCAUUAAAAGACACACAUCGGGAACUGAUUAACUCCCAUUAUCAUAUACCCAAAGAGGUGAAACAUGAGGAAGAGUUUAAGCGCCUGUUAAGUCCAAAAGGUAGCAGCUUACAUAGUGAGGAAGGAGAUGUGAGCGACUUCCAUGCAUCUACUUGUCAUGUAGUCAGGACAAUUUUAAAUGAUCGUUCUACAGCCCUGAGUGUGGACAGACGGCUGAGCAAGGGCGCGUACAACUCCUCUGGCUGUGGAUCUUUGCUGAUUACAGUUACACAAGACUGCAGGGUCAUCAAAGCUCUGGGUGGAAGGGACUGCCCGGCACUGAAUGCAGCUCACAGGCAGACAGCGUCUGAUGAAGACUGUUGCAAAAAGCUGAAGGUUUAUGAGACUGAUGAAUUCAUCCAUUAUUUACUAAACUACUAUCAGACACCGCGCUAUGCACGUGUUUGCUUAGAGCCAGAACCUACUGUCAACACGUGCUGGUGGAAGAGAGUGGUGUCUGAUGGUGAUAGGGGUUUUGACAUCAGCUUGAGUAACAAACAUGGUCCGCACUUCAGAGAAAUGAGUCCUCUACACAACCUUGACACGAGAAAUUGUAGCAGCGAUGGUGAUUACAGACUGGUGAUCACUGUUGGGGAAUUCGACUCAACAGAUACGGUGUUAGAAAACAAGACCUAUAGGGGUAGCUUUGCCAAAAAGUUGCAAGUGCGAAGGAACGACUCCCUUGCUGUUGAUAACUUACAACAUGCUGGACCGAAUCUUUCUUUGGGUUGCACUGCGGUUACUUGUGAUAAGGAAUUCGAACAAGAACAUGGUAGCGAUGAAGGUACCAUACCACACAACACAUGUAGAUCUGCUUCCAGAUUCAAUGAUUUGUUGGAAGAGAUCAGUGAUUCCAAGUACUUUAGAGAGGCGCGUAGUGACUCAAUGAAGAGAACAGAAAGAAGGUGUGAAGAAAUUUACAGCAAUUGUAAUAAAGGGUGUUUGCCUCCAAGAGACGGGGAAAGAAAAUUACUGGUUUACCUUAAAAAUGUAACUCUGGAAGGCACAGAGGAGGACAGCAGCAGGUGUAGCUUCUGUAAUAAUUCUGUCCAUGAGGGCUUGGCAAGGCAGCAUGAACAUAGGCUUAAAAAGUCAUGCAAGAGGUCUAGUAGUAAAUUAAGACAUGAAGGACAGAAAAGUGAGAGACAAUCCAGAGAAGAGGAGAGAAAUGCUCGCAAAAUGAAGAAAAAGCGAAAAAAGCUUUCUUCUAAUGUUGUAUCUGAUGAAUGUGGCUUUUCAGACACGGACAGUUGCACGCAGCUGGAGUCGCUCAGAAAGAUACAAAGAAAAUGUGAGAAAGUGUUCCACAAGAAAGUGAAAUUCAAGACUCUUCACACUGAUGACUCUUCACCAGAUGUUACACCUUGUGAUGGCUCACUACUUCAGGAGAGCCUCCAAAGGACAGGAGAUGAGAGGAAAUUAAUGUUGAGAAGAGAGAUGGAUGCAGAUGUCAGAGGAUGCCCUCUAUUUCCUCUCGAGAUAAUUCAGACAAAUCCCUGCUCAGAUACUUUCUGUGGAGCAGAGCCCAGAAGAGGAUGCUGAAUGUCUGCUGUAUAAUAGCUCUUAAGUUUUUUUACAGAAGUGGGAGAAGAAAGCCCUUCGACUGUUAAAAGGUAUAUGACAUGCUCUUGUUUUUUUGCUUAGGUAAUUCCUUCAGUUAGAAUAUGUAACUGGUAGAGUGAGCCACGAAACCAGAAUCUGGUUUGCCUUUUGGAUAACAGAGGACCAAAACUUUCCCCAGAGACAGACAAACUUUCGUGAACCAGGUGCUAAGAAUUUGAAAGGACACUGAUUGAAAUCUCGGAGUGUUACACUCUUGAUUAAAUGUAAGGAACCUUGUAAAUAUCAAAGUUACAGUAUUUAGUAGUAACAAGUAUUUGAAAAACCAUAGCUGUGUAAGUCCUAGAGCAAGCAUAUCAAGUGCCUCCUUAACCAGAUUGUUAACAUGAUGGGACUGAAAGUUGUCAAAGACAUUUAUACUCAAUUGUGGGAAGUAAUUGAUUCCCAAAUAUGAAAAAAAAUCCUAUCUUCUCUAAAACCCACCCUGGGAAAAUGCUUGUUUUCUAUUCACAGUUCUAGAGGUGUUUCUGAAAAUUUGCUGUCUUUGGGAGGACGGGUUGCACUGCACUUGUGCUGGAUUUAGUGCUUCCAGGAGUCCCGAUGAUUGAGCAAAGCUCUGAAUGUUAGGUAGGGCAAGGGCAAUGCUUGUCAGCGCGCUGGCAGCCCCCGGCUAUGUGCAGGUUGAAAAUUUGUUCACAGGAUUUCAAAACGUGCCAUUUUGAAGGCACAUGCAGCGAGACAGCUGUUCAGUGUGAGUUUGCUUACGAAGAAUUUCCAGAGGAAUUGUGAAAUGUCAGAUUUGUGCUGCAUGUAGGUAAAAAGUGAAAACGCAGUCUAGGAGCUUGAGUUAUAUCCAUAUUUAUUCAUCUGGCUAUAUUUAGAAGACAGCCACAACUGCUUUUGGACAAAGUCCCUUAGCAAGAUAUAGAGGACGAGUUCUAAGUUCAAUCUCUGAUUAUUUCAGCUUUCAUUUUAGUGUUUCGGUUAUUACAUGUCAAUAUGUGAAGUUAAUGUGAUAACGUUGCCUUCAUUACAUAGGAUCUUACCCAUGCUUGUAACUUCUGCUCUAAUAAAUAAUAAUGAAAAAAGAAUUGUAAUUGUUCGUGGUAGCUAGGUUUUCCCCCACUGUUUAAUACUGGUGAUUUCUACAGGCUGCUAAGCCAGGCUUAUCAAUAUUCUCUGUUCAUGUGUUCAGAUGUCGAGUGCCUAUUCAGGGUCAUGAAUGACACAUGGUUGCUACUCAAAGUACUGUGAAUCUAUUACUGUAUCUAAAAAGAUCUUAUUUUCUUGACAUAAAUAUUUUCUGACUAUUUUGGGGAACAUUUAUGCCCCUCUUAAGUCUCCAUUUUGGUGUUUCAUAGUUAUAAUGAAGAUCAGCUGUUGGAUUCGUUGACUGUGUAAGUGUUUCAGUUGCAGUCAUGUGGCACACCAAGGGUGUUUGUUCUCUAUGCAAUAUUUGCGGAUUAAAGAUGACAAAACUUCUGUCAGUUCUGUGUGCCUAAGUCCCCAUUUCCCAGGAGACAGGGUGUUUGAUUACAGGGGAGGAAGAGGAGGAGCAGGAACUAAAGAUUGCCUUUGGUGUAAGUUUGACAAUAUUCAAUUACAAAUAAAUACACCAGUUCUGUAAUUGUUUCUCGCAUUCACCUAUCAAUAGAUUGAAAUUGAUAAAGCAAAUCUUCUAUCUCCAAGUCCUCCUUCUGUGUAGAACAUUGUUAGUAAAUAAAUUAUACGUGCACUUGGUAGUGUGAGGCACCACUGUAAUGCCAAUACUGAAACAGGUGGCAUUAUUUAAAACAUGGUUUUAGGUGUUUUAUUCUUAAUUCUUUACUUUUCCUACUUACACACUUAAUUUGAGCUCCAUCCUUUCAUACGCUGGACCGUUCAGUAUAAACCCAGAGACUGCGGAUCUUGCAAUCAGAUCUGACUUUCCGUACAGAACUAAUAAAACUGCCUCCUAACAGUGAGAUCAGUCUUCGCUAGGGAGCUGUCUGAACUAGAGCUUGUUCUCAGCAGCGCACGGCCUGUUGGUUGUACCUUGUGCUGAAUACCUACAGGCUGUUUCUAAAGCAGAGAUACACAACGCCGGUUAUUGCAUUACUCCAUCUGCCUGAAAUACAGGAAAACAGCAAUUACAAUAUAAAGCCCUUUCUUCUUAAUCCAGAGACUCCUGGCAAUGCAUAGAAAUGCCUCACCUUUUGUAAAAGCCCUUAUACAACCUCGAUAUAAACACUCAUUAUUGAAUGUUUUUUGUUUAACUGAAUAGCAUGGAGUAGGAGCAGAUAAAGAUGAUUAAGAGCGGGUGGAGUCAGAUAAAAAGACUGAAUUUUACAAAGCAGCCGACAGUGUGCCAGAACUGGCUGGAAAUGAGAUGCUACUCAACCGCUUUGAUUUGCGGUAGAGCUCCUCUCACAUGCCUUCAGCCACAGACAGUGGGCGUGUGGAUGCUUCAGCUGAGGGAGAUGGCUGACACUUAGUUGGUCGUCCUUUCCUACUGGGUUACUGCACAAACUGCUAAUUACCUGGCCUGGUUCUUUUUGCUUAGUCAUGGCAGCCAGUCCUUGCUGAAGGAAGGGAUUAAGUUGCCAUGAACAGAGAAGCUGAACCCAUCCAUUUUCUCCAGCGCUUUAGAAGAUAAAAUCAGUGCCUGCUGUUUCAUGAAACCACUGCUUUUGUGACUCGCUUCUUCCCCUUUCACAAUAAAUUCUCUUUGUUUUUUCUGGAAAAGUAGUUGUCUUACAAAGUGGAAUACUUCCUUCUCAGGAGGCACAGAGGCUUAACGCUAAGCUUUGCCUUGUGUUACUGCCAGUUUUCAGUGUAGCUUUUAGUAGUUAUUAUUAGUAUGUUAUUGGUAUCAGUGAUGCAUCAUGUUGUAACAUAUGGAUGAAUGCUUAAAAUAGCAUUCAGUUCCUCAGGAGAUGCUAUGGACCAACUUAGGAGUUGAUGGUUGGCUCCACAGAAUGGUAGGUUACAGCCCAGUUACACUACGUGGCAGUCUACCAGACCUCCAGCUUUUGCUCAGUGUUACCAAUUAAUUGGGCAUUUUUAUAUCCAUCUCUCUUUUUGCAACAGCAAAGCAUAUUAUAGAACAUGAACAUGUUCUGUAUUUAAUAUUCCGUUAUACUACAGUAUCACAUUUACAGCUACAACAUAUUAUACUCUGUCUGUGUGCUGGAUAAUGUACGACAUCAGAGAAAGACAGUAUAAAACUUGGAGAUUUUACUUGCAGUAAAAAAAUCAAACUGCCAUUAUGCAAGAGUAUUUUAUUUUCUGUGUUAAACAAACAUGAGCCCAUUUCUCAUUGGAGGUAAACCAUUAGUCGUAGUAGGCAAAGAGUAUAAAUGUCUCUAAAAAUAAAACAGCAACAGAAAGGUCAUGACAAGAUUUACAUUUGUCUCUAGACAUUCAUUAAGUAGCUCAGACACCCACACUCUUCAUCUGAGGGCCCAGGGUCACCAAAAGAAAAUGCCAUGGAAGCGUUCAGGCUGCGGGAAAGUCACGUGUUCCCACCACAGAUGCUCUCAGGCAACUUUACCACAUUGCAUCAACUUGUUUAUGAAAGCUGCUGUUGUGCAAUGCACUCUACCUCCAACCAAUUCCGCCUAGUUUACACCUUCCCACGCAGGACUCGGUUAAUCAUUUUGGUCCUGUUGCCAAAUUGAAACAACUUGGCUGAACAGCCAAACCAGAGAAACUGAUCCCAGGGCACUGGACUGGACAGGGACCCCAACAGAAUCACCUGGACAAGAAACUCAUUCUGGAGUGAUUGGCUCAUCACUAGUUAUAUCCUUGGAAUUUCCAAAAAAGCUUUUGCUCAAGAGUAUUUUGAUGACAAAGGAACAGA